AACUUACUAUGGUGGUAAAAACAAAUAAUGGACGGAAGAAUAAUUGGUGAGACGAAUCCUGAAGAACAACUUACAGUUCGUGGCUUCGCCGGCGGUGAGAUUGCGGCAAACAGCCUCCUAAACCCUAAUAAACAAAAAUGCUAAACCAAUUGCUCUAUCGCUCUCUCACUCCUUCUCUACUCUUCUCGAGACCCUUCUCCUCUACACUUUUCGUCAAAGGCAUAUCUUUCUCAAGCACAGAAGAAACAUUAACCCAAGCAUUUUCUCAAUAUGGUCAAGUUCUCAGAGUGGAUGUUAUAAUGGACAAAGUCAGAUGUAGACCAAAAGGGUUUGCUUAUGUCACAUUCUUUUCUAAAGAAGAAGCCGCAAAGGCUUUAUUAGAACUAAACGGCCAGUUGGUAGACGGGCGGGUCGUGAUCCUGGACACAACAAAAGCCGUAAAACACAAUCGACCAGACAGCAAGCCAGAUCAGACAGUGGAAGGAGUUCCAAACAGCCAGAACAAGGUUAUUCCAGAGAGUUAGGCGAGAAGAUCAGCAACAUUAUAUUGUUUUGCGCGGUAGAAGGAAGAAGAAGAGAAAGCCUCUGACUUAUCAAGAGUUUUUUGAUCAUGUGAAGUUACUCCAGGUCUAGGCUUACUUAUGUUAUGUGACCUGAGAAUAUGAUUCUUGUAGAUGAUUAUGCUUCUUCUGUCUCCUCAAAAUGAAUCAGUGUUCUCUU